ACUGCCAACAAAAAACAAGAAGAAGAAGAAGAAGAAGAGCCACCCUUCCACGUGUUUUGCUAACUUCUGUUUAACUGUAUUGAAAUUUUUGACAGUUUUGUCUAAACACGUGUUUGGGUACAUGAACAUUAUUGAUCGAGAUUAAACAAAUUGCAGUCAUGCCAAAAGUGAGAAAAUCCAAAGGAGGGGGUGAGAAGAGAGGCGACUCGGACACGCUUGUUGAUCAAAUGCUACAGGGCGACACGGUUCGUAGUAAAGGUCGGGUGAAGAUUCGAGACGACCGGAUAGAGAGCGAUGACAACUACGUGGACGAACGUCUGUCAAGAAAAAUCUUGCGACAAGCCCGGAUUCAACAAGAGGAACUUCAGACCGAAUAUGGCUUGGCACCAGAGAAGAAGAAGGCACCCGUCACUCUCCUCGGUUCCUCCUCUCAAGAUGCAGAUUCAGAUGAUGAGUGGCCAGCACUGGGAGCAGCCGGUGAUGGUGACCAUGAUGCCGUAUGUGAGACUGAAGUUGUGGUCGACCCUGAUGACGAGAAAGCAAUUGAGAUGUUUAUGAAUAAGAACCCUCCAAUGAGGCGAACCCUUGCAGAUAUUAUAAUGGAGAAGAUAACAGAGAAACAGACAGAGGUGGGAACAGUGAUGUCCGAGGUUUCUGGCUGUCCAAUGCAUCAACUCGACCCAAGGGUAGUAGAAGUGUACAGAGGUGUGAAUAAGGUCCUGUCAAAAUAUCGUAGUGGAAAGUUGCCAAAGGCUUUCAAAAUAAUACCAGCGCUUUCAAACUGGGAGCAGGUCCUCUAUUUGACUGAGCCUGACACAUGGACGGCAGCUGCUAUGUUUCAAGCGACAAGAAUGUUUUCCUCCAAUCUGAAAGAGCGUAUGGCCCAGAGAUUCUACAACUUGGUGUUGUUGCCCAGAGUUCGGGAUGAUAUUGCUGAAUACAAAAGGCUCAACUUUCAUCUCUAUAGUGCUCUAAAGAAGGCAUUAUUCAAACCAGGGGCUUGGUUUAAAGGUAUACUGUUACCUUUGUGUGAAUCUGGGACAUGCACUCUACGAGAGGCGAUCAUCAUUGGGAGCAUCCUCACAAAAUGUUCUAUUCCUGUCCUCUACUCCAGCGCGGCGAUGCUCAAGUUGGCAGAAAUGGAAUACAACGGCGCCAACAGCAUUUUCCUGCGUCUGUUGCUCGACAAGAAAUACGCCCUGCCUUUCCGUGUUCUAGAUGCCUUGGUGGCUCACUUCCUGUCUUUCCGUAGUGAAAAGCGAGUGCUUCCUGUGCUCUGGCAUCAGAGCUUACUCACACUGGCUCAGCGCUAUAAGGCGGACCUGGCCUCCGAACAGAAGAUGGCGCUACUGGAGCUACUCAAGCUACAAACCCACCCUCAAAUAUCAGUGGAGAUCCGCAGAGAACUACAGAACUCUGAGUCGCGGGAUAUUGAAAUCGGAAUCCCUGUUAGUAUUGAUAUGGACUAAGAAUUGUUGUUUGAUGUGUGCUCUUUUUCCUGAGUAAAAAAACAAAUCAUGGUUCAUUUAAAUUGGGCAAAAUGAUAAUCCCCAUUUUGAUUACAGUACAUCCAGUAGGGUUUCUACUUGGGGACUGUUUGAUGUUAAAAAACACAUGUUACGAUGUAUGAUAUGAAAAAGCUUUUCCCAGAGUUGCAAUGACUGCAAAGAAAAUGCUAUAAAGCUACAAGACAUGUAUUUCAUUAUGAAGGAGCAACUUGAUAAAAACAAACCAAAUCCAUACAAGUUGGCCAUGGAGAUUAUUUCUCAUCCCGGUAUGUUUAACCAUUUCCAAAGAUAAACCUAUGUCUAUGUUUGUAGUGUAUUUGUUGUAAUUGGGACAACCAUCUAUAUUUUAGUUUUCCUUAUUAGGUUAGUGCUAGAGAGGCAGCAUGCUUAUUAGAGAAAAGUAAACCUAAGAUGUAUUUUGGCAAAUGAGAGGAGAACAUGCACAUGCAACAUACAACAAAUCCUCAAGGGAUCAUUGGAACACAGACUCAGAACAUGCUGCCAAG